GAAGAGUAUUUUUUCAUUUUCCAUACAAAUUGACUUUUCGAAAACGAAGGAAAACCAAAAAAAAUCCACGCGAUUCAUUACUUAAAUUUAAAGCAAUAUCAAUUUUAUAUUGGCAAAUGUUUUUUUUUUGUUUCAAAAAUCCAUUAAUUUUACAUUUCAAUUCAUUCAAUUUGGUUAUUCCAAACUAAGUACUAUUUAUGCGUUCCUAUUUUUCAACUUGAAGCAAAUUGAAUGUGUUGGUGGAUGUGAGUUGGUUGACAAAGUAAAGGAAGCCAUGACACAAGCAAACAAAAAAGACAAAAGCGGCCGAACAGCUCUACAUAUCGCUGCUGAGAAUGGUAAAUUGGAAAACGUUAAGAAGUUAAUCAAAAAAGGAGCAACAGUUGAUGUUGCAGACGUUCGUGAUCAGACACCUCUUCAUUUAGCUGCUGGCAAUGGUCAUAAGUUAGUCGCUGAAGAGCUCCUCAGCAAUCCAAGAACCAACGUUGAUGAUAAAGACGCUAAAAAGCGGACACCUCUUCAUCUUGCUGUUAUGAAUGGUCAUAAGGAUGUCACUGAAAAGCUGAUCAAGGGAGGAGCCAAUCUCAAUUUAAGAGACAAUCAUGGAUCCGCACCGAUUCAUCUUGCUUUUAAGAAUGGUCACAAUGAUAUCGUUGAAAUGCUCAUUACGAAAGGAGCCACAGUUGAUCGUGAAGACGGUCGUUUACGAAAACCUCUCCAUUAUGCUGUUAUAUAUGGUCAGAAGGAUAUCGUUGAAAAGCUCCUCGGAAAAGGAGCCAAAGUUGAUCCCACCGACGAUCGUAAUCAGACACCUCUUCAUUAUGCUGUUGAAAAGGGCAAUUUGGAAAUCGUUCGACUUCUCCUCGAUAAAGGAGCCUCUCCUGAUUCUACAGACAAUUAUUCGCGGACACCACUCUACCACGCUAUUUACGACGGUAAGGAUGAUAUCGCUGAAGAGCUCAUCAAGAGAGCACCCGAUUUUACCGUUACGAAUAAAUAUGGAGAGACACCUCUUCAUGCCGCUGCUCGGCAUGGUAACUUGAAGAUCGCUCAGCUUCUUGUCGCCCAAGGAGCCAGUAAAACUUCUACAGACGCACUUCUUCAGACACCUUAUCAGAUUGCUGUUGCAUUUGGACACCAGGACGUGGCCAGCUAUCUUAACACCAAAUAUUAACCCUGCCAAUAUUGUUACUUUACUAUCUCAAGUUUUAUAUCUUUUAAAUUGCUUACGGUACAGAUAUUGAGUGAAAUAUUUUGUUUCUGGAUUCUUGUAACCUCAACAAAUACCCGUGUUAAAUUUAAACGCAAUAUGCGUGAAUGAUACGCUGUAAGAAACCAACGGUGAUGUAGUUUUUACGCUUAGAUCAAAUGAAACUUGCACACUCCAAUGAUUAAAUGGAGCUGAGGUAUCACAUUCAAAUUGAAGCUUUGUUAAGGUUGUACCAAUCCAGUGAACAAAAUACUUCGCCCGAAACCUAAACCGCAAGAGAUUUGCAUAAAAAUGCCAAGUUAUUUUUUUUAACAGAAUGUAAAGAGAUUAAUCAAUUAUUACGUAUUAUGGGGUUUUCUCAGAGGUUUUCCCCUCAAAAUCACCCUCUGAAUGAAUAACAAACAAAUAAAAAAAAACACAGAAAAAAAUGGAUCUAAAUUUCGAUGAGC